AAAUACGCUUGAUCGGCUUAUCUCUUUUUUCUUUCUCAGUUGUCUUUGGGGUUUCUUUGUGGUUCCUUCCCCUUCGCUUCUAAUUAACAAUGUCUGCUGCUAGCAACAUGUUUCUGUAUUGGGGCUCCGGUUCUCCCCCUUGCUGGAGAAUCAUGAUUGCCCUCGAAGAGAAGAAUCUGCAGGGUUAUCAGAACAAGAUGCUGUCCUUCGAAAAGAAAGAGCACAAGUCCGAUGAGGUGCUCGCCAUCAAUCCGAGGGGCCAGCUCCCAUCAUUCAAGCACGGAAAUAUUAUCCUAAACGAAUCUUAUGGAGUGUGUAUGUACUUGGAGAGCCAGUUCAAGUCCCAAGGCUCCCAGCUGAUCCCAGACUGCCGUGAAGAACAAGCUCUUGUUUAUCAGAGGAUGUUUGAAUGCCUGACCUUACAACAGAAAUUGGGUGAAGUGGUUUACUAUACCUGGCUUGUUCCUGAAAAUGAGCGCCAUGACUCUGCUGUGAAGAGGAACUUGGAAGCUCUGUGCACAGAGCUGAAACUCUGGGAAGGAUACCUUAAGAAGUUGGAGUCUGGGUCCUUUAUAACUGGAAAGAAUUUCACAAUGGCAGAUGUUAUGUUCUUUCCGCAGGUUGCUUACGCAUUCCGCUAUGGACUAUCGCAGGAGAAGUUCCCCAGGCUUACAGAUUACUACAGUCAUGUGAAGGAACGUCCCAGCAUCCAGGCCACCUGGCCGCCACACUGGAAGGAGAGCCCCCAAGCAAUGGAUCUGCUGAAAGACCUUUAAUGUAACUGCUCUUCGUUUUAUCAGCAGGCAAAAAAAAAAAAAAAAGAUUCUUAUACUG